AUGUUGAAGAUCUGGUCUAUGAAGCAGCAGCAAGCGCAAGCUGAGAAUGCCGAAGGCGGAGGCAAGAAGAAGAAGAAGGUCACAGCCGCACAGCUGCGCGUGCAACGAGAUCUCCAAGAGCUUACGCUCGGCAACACAAUGAAGAUGACAUUCCCAAACCCGGACGAUAUCCUGAACUUCACGCUCAGCAUCGAGCCAGACGAGGGCAUGUACAAAGGCGGCCUUUUCAACUUUUCCUUUGCUGUGAAUCAGAAUUUCCCGCAUGAUCCGCCGAAAGUCAAAUGUACGCAGAAGAUCUAUCAUCCGAAUAUUGAUCUUGAGGGAAAUGUGUGCUUGAACAUUCUGCGGGAGGAUUGGAAACCGGUGCUUAAUUUGAAUGCCGUUAUUGUUGGCAUGCAGUUCCUUUUCCUUGAACCUAAUGCUUCGGAUCCUCUGAAUAAGGAGGCGGCUGAAGAUUUGCGCUCGAACCGGGAUGGGUUUAAGAAGAAUGUGCGGACUUCUAUGGCUGGUGGCACCGUUCGACAUGUCACCUAUGAGCGCGUUCUUCGAUAG